GCAACUUCAAAUGCACAACUCAAAUGCGUUCGCGGAACAUAAACAGCAGCUCUAAUUUCAUCAAUGCGAAUAAACAAAACAUUGCAAUGCUGUCUACUUAAAUCGAUGUAAAAAAUUCCUCGCACCAUUCGCCACCAAGUUGCCGCAGAGAGCUGAGCCACAAUCAUAAUGGAACACCCAGAUGAAAGUGGAGCAUCUUUUAUUCCGGCCACACAGCGGCCGGAUGGCACCUGGCGCAAGGCACGUCGUGUUAAAGACGGCUACGUGCCGCAGGAGGAGGUGCCGUUGUACGAGUCUAAGGGUAAAAAGUUCAUGAGCAAGCAGUUGCAGCCAGAGGAUGGACCAGUCAAAGUUGAUGGUCUGGUCACCCACAAAACCAUCCCAGGACUGUUCAUUGAAGACAAACCUUCUAAGAAGGAGAGAAAACGAGCUGCAAAGGUGGAGCAGUUGGCUAGAGAUCUCAAAAAGAUGGAUAUGAAUGGUGGUAGUAAUGGGCAUGUGGAUCCUUCAAAGAAGUUAAAAAAUUUAAAGAAACGUUUGCGUGAAGUGGAGGCGCUCGAGGCGAAGAUCAAGAGCGGCGAGCUGGCGAAACCCGACCCAGACCAGCUGGCGAAGGUCGCGAGGAAGAACGAGUUGAUUUUGAAAAUUCAAGAGUUAGAAAACUGAUUUUUCGUUUUUUUACACGUCAUUUUUUGUAAUGCUUACUAGCGGAAAUCUUUGAUUCUUCAUUUAAAUCACGACCAUUUUUAAAUAUCAUGUAUAAUCAUGUUAAA